UAUAGAAGUGUAAUUCUUAGAAUGCAGAUGCUACUCCCGUAAGAUUAUUGCCCAAAUAAAUAACAGUGUUUCAUUAAUAGAGCCACGGCUGCGUGCUUAGUGCAGAUAAAUAGGGAGACGCUGUCCCUGACCCCAGGAGCUAAUGUCCUAAAGCAGACACUAGCGGGGAAAAAGCGCAGUUCAGAUGCCAGCUAUUAAAUCCUGCCCUGAAUUACACCCCGUGUGGUAAUUGGCUUCGUGGCAGGUUUGUCCCUGUUGCACAAGGUGUGAGGUAGGGACAGCCGUACUAUUUUCAGGGCCCCUACUCGGCAGUCUCAGGACCCGAUCCAGAGAGUAGCUGAGCAUUUGUAACUCCCAUUGUCUUCAGUGGGAAUGAUGGGUGCGCAGCACUUGGGUUUAGGCCAUAGGCUUGCAUGACCCAUUUGCAAUCCCUUCCUGGCGCUGGCCCUAGAAGGGGGAACUUGUACCUGAAUCAGUCUAGGUGUAGCUUUCUCACCCUAGCUGCCAUAGGGGAGCCUUAAACGAUGAGUCGCUGAGUAUGGAGAUCCAAGCAAUUGUUCAUAUUGUUUGUAUUUAAGGACCAGGCCUGGGUAUAUGCAGGAUUCCAGGGGUGAAAGGCUCUUCCAGUGACCCCUGUGCGACUUUGCCCACCUGCCCAGUCUGAGGUGAUCUGAGCUGCCAGAAUCCGUCAGUUGUAGCCAUCACUUAUACCUUAUUUACUACCAGUAUAGCCAGCUAAUUGACUAUACUUGCCAUUCAACACUGAGACCGAGAGAACAAAUAACCAAGCUCAGAUUGGUUAACCAACCAGAUUCAUUGGCUAAAGACAAAACAGUACAGUAUAGGAAAGAAAGAGUUAAUACAACACCAGUCCUUCCCAGGAAGCAAAUUCUCACGGCAUGUUCAGUUCGCCUUAUACAGAUGGUGUGCUUCCCAAAGCCCCCUUAAACUAGCCAUCUUUGAUAGCAUGGCUGUUUACACGUCACAGCGCUCUUCACGUCACUUCACGUUUAAUUAGCCAGCUUCAUCUUUGGUGCCUCCCUGUACUUCCCCAUCUUUGGUUUUGAAUAUUAAGUUCCAAACAUAAAGGGGCAUGAAGAUACGCCCUAGUGCAAAGCAUUCACAUUUCUUAUGUUAUUUCCUUGCACCACGUUGCUUCUUUGGUUCAUAACACUUGUACAUCUAGCUUUUGGCAGUUCUUGUAUUUGUCGAAGCCCAGUGCCACCCUGUAUUUGUCCUGGGGCAUUGGGAGAUAUAUGCCUUAGCAUGUGUGAGCAAGAAUAGGCAUAGUACAAUUUAGCAUGAUUACCCAACGCAUACAUAUUAGAUUAAUAUCAUGCAUAUAAUACCUAUUAAUAUGGGGCGGGGGGGAGAGUGUGUGUAUAUAUGACCAUAAUGCCUGAAGAGGCCUCACCGAGAGUGCUUCAUCAGGGCAAACUGCAAAGAAUGGGGCAGGCAUUCCCCAAAAGUGGUGGUCCUUCCUAUAAUUAGAUUUACCCAGACAGUAACAAAACAGCUUCUAUAUUACCUUACUGGUUACCAAGAAGCCCAAAAAUACAGUUCCCCUUAAGCAAUUCCGCCCUGAACUCCCACCUAGACAGCCAAGUCAAAUGUAGUAAGGAUUACUUAAAAUCUUUUUCACCAUAUAUAAAGUUCUACCAAUCCCAAGAGAUCGGACACAUUACCCAGCAGGUCCAGCAACAUGUUUGAGGUGCCAUUGCCUCUGGAUCGAGAUGGGAUACUCUUCCGGCUCCGCUUUACCACCCUGGCUGUUGGGACUGUGUGUUGCCCGCUGUUUGGAUUCCUUUUCUGCGUGAUCUGGUCUCUGCUGUUCCACUUCCAGGAAACGACAGCUACUCACUGCGGUGUCCCCAAUUACCUCCCCUCCAUCAGCGCCGCGAUUGGUGGCGAGACCCCUCAGCGCUACGUGUGGCGUCUCUGCAUUGGCCUCCACUCCGCGCCCCGCUUCCUGGUGGCCAUCGCGUACUGGAACCAUUACCACAGCUGUCACUGCGCGCACCCUCGCUACCCACGGCUCUGCCGCAUCAACUUCACCCUCAACGUGCUCGAAAACGUCGCCCUCCUUUUGCUGACAUACGUGUCUUCCUCGGAAAACUAUGCAAUCCACGAAAAUUCCUUCAUCCUCUUUAUCACCUCGGCCCUGGGUCACAUGCUCCUGACUUGCAUUCUGUGGCGGAUGACUAAGAAACACACAGUAAGUCCCGAGGAGCGCAAGUCCUACAAGUGGAAGCUGCUGCUCUUUCUCUUUAACCUCGUCACGUUCUCCUUGGCCGUGUGCGUCUACUUCCACCACAACUGGUACUGCGAGGCUGGAGCCUAUACCAUCUUCGCUUUCCUGGAGUACCUGGUCGUCCUUUCCAACAUGGCUUUCCACAUGACCGCCUGGUGGGACUUCGGCAACAAAGAGCUGGUGGUCAGCUCCCAGCCAGAAGACAAACGUUUCUAGGGUGGCCUCGUUGCCCGUGCUUCCGACGGCCUCUGGAGUCCUGCAGUUGGUGCGAGUGUUGGGGCCAGAUGAGCUACCGGCUCCUGGGAGUGACGCUGGGCAGGGAGGGCCGUGAUGUGCCUCGAGAGGAAACCAAAAGCGUCCUUCGUUGAGACAUCGCCAGGACCUCCCUGUGCUUGCGCUGCUGCAGCCAGGAUCCUGUUAAAAAUGCCUCCAAAAAUACCAGAGGGUGGGGAUUGUAGGGGAAUGGGAUGAUUACGCACAAAUAACACUGCAGCCUCUCCAUGGAUCUGUCAUUCCUCUCAAGUGCCAGGACAGGAGCAGUGAGUGGGAGCCGAGGGGGCAGGACCCAGGUGAGUCGACGGGGUAAGAUGUUGGUCUGUGUGGCUAGGAAUCCUUCUUCUGCAAGGCCGACUGAUGCAGGGAUCGGAUCUUCCUUACUGCCCCACUCGGCUCAGCACAGCACCUUUCCCGCACCUGCUGCCUCACCAGGGCUCUGGCCGCAGCCCCAGACUCUCGGCAUUAACCACCACGGGUAACAGUCGUGUGCUGAUUGACAGUGGACAUUCCUUGCUGUGGCCCUGGGAUUGGAACAGGAG